AUAAACGAUAAUUAUAUUGCACUAACUAGUCGUAGAAUCGUCAUUUUAAAACAGUAACAUACUUAUCUCAUGUAUACUUUGAAAUUGACGAUAAUUUUGCUUAUAAACAAACAAAGAUAAUGCCAGCGUGAUUAAUUGAACGGAAAGUUGUUUUCCUGAGAUAUUUGGGGUGUCAAACAUGGUAGUGCAAGUUUAUAUUAGUGGUGUUUCCGGAAAUACAGAGGUAAAAUCUCGUCAACAACGAGUAUUAUCGAUACUAGAUGCUAAAAGUAUAGAGUACGAAAUUGUGGACAUCACGGGUGAGGACAGCGAGAGCCACAAAAUAUUUAUGAGAUCAAACGCGACAUCUCUGGGUGGAACAAUGAACGAUCCAAAUCCAAAAUAUCCUUUGCCGCCACAAUUUUUCAACAACGAUGUUUAUUGCGGGGAUUACAAUCUAUUCGAUACCGCUAACGAAUUAGGAGAACUGGAUGUAUUUCUUAAAUUAGUAGAUGGUGUUAGUUCCAACGAUCAAAAAAUAUCUACCGCGGAAAUAGUUUUGAAAUAAAAAUAUUUUUACGUUAAACUUUAUAUAUUUCAUUUUUAAGUAUUGAAUUUUACUUCGACUUCAACUAACUCCCACUGUAAAUUCGAAUUACUCAAAUUCCCGCCUGUUACUUACUUCAAUUUCAGUGCACUUUUCAACUCUCCACUGUAUACAAAAUACUAUAAAUAAACUACGAUAAAUUGUCUAUAACUUUCUAAACUCCCCUUGUAUUUCUUCUUUUUUGGGUUUCUGCUUAUAACAACUGCAGACACAGUGUAGCCAAAUUUAUAAACAGUAUAAGUUUAUCGAGAAAAAAUAAAAUAAAACAGAAGCAAUUUAGUAUCAUUUACAUUUAACUAAUAAAAAAUAGCGUUUUUAUUUAUUUUUAUACCAAAUUGUUUUAUAUUAAAAUCAAACUGUUCAUUAUAAAAUAAUAAUUUCAUUUUAUGAAUUAUUGGUAUGAGAUUUCUAUACUAAGAUAAAAAGAAAUAUGGCAACACCGUUUAUAAUUUUACGUUACGUGUUGGCUGGAUACGCGAUAACGAACGAAUUUAUUUCUUGCGACGUUGCCAUUCAGACAUUUUACGUCUAUAAUUAUUUUAUUUUUUUCAAUUAUUUGGGUAUUUCGGUAUAUAUUUGUGAUUUUUCUUGAAAAAACUUCAAUUACCAAACAAUUAUGGUUCGUAGUUGUGUAGUUUGAGGAAAAGUGGAUCAUUUAUUUCCAGAUCUAACUUUUCAUUGGUAAGUGUGGUUUAUCGCCAGUGGCGGGUCAUAAAUUUUUGUUAAUAUUAUUGAAAUAUUUCUACUGAACUAUUAGUACUAGUUUCUUCGAUAAUUUCGUUUACCAAAAAAAAAUAAUAUGUAGUAUGUAUGAUUUUUUUAAAUAAAUCGCGUUAUUUUAAUA